AUGCUGAUCACGCUGUGCUACCUGUACCUGUGGGCGCGGCGGGGGCCGCGCGCGGCCGCGCUCGUGCGCGGCACCGUGAGGGGCCUGCACGGCUCCCGCUGCUCCUUCACCUUCUGCGCCCGCCCCCCGCGCCCCGGCGAGCGCGUCUGCCUCCGCGUCGGCGGCAGGGUGUUCUGCACCGGCGAGGCGCAGUUCCUUGAUGACUUAAACAGGUGGAGUCUCCUUCUCAUUUCCCCCUUCAUUUACCCUGAGAAGUUGCUUAAUGCAGAACACAUAGCUUUUGUGACAGAAAGCAUUUCUGCUCAGACAGAGAACCUGCAGAGGGGACCUGACUCUUCAAAAGAGAUUGUGAGGUGGUCAGACUAUUGCUCACCCUUGGCCUAUAAACCUGGUGAACCUUUCAAGUUGAUUGCUGAAGCGAGCGUAGAUAAUUUCAGCAGCCUUGGAAUAGCGUUCUUGGAAGACAGGCUCCAAAUGGAUAACGGGAUGGUGCCCCACAGGAUUGUUUCUGUCCAUUUACAGGAAUCUGCUCUGCAGGAGUUGGCGCAGGAGGCACCACCUGCGAAAGAGCAGAGCACCCAAAUGGAUGAAGCAGCUGUUAAAUCGGGACUGGGAGGGCAAAGUGAAGAGGAGAAAUCCAAGCCAGAGGGGGGAAGUGAUCGUGGGGAUGAGCCCAACAAUCUGUCAGGAGAGCAUCACCACCACUUGCACCUUUCCAGCUGCCACGAGUGCCUGCAGCUGGAAAACAGCACCAUCGAAUCGGUCAAAUUCGCCUCUGCAGAAAACAUUCCGGAGCUUCCCAAUGAUUCCAGCAGCAAGCUGGAGGAGGAGAGGGAUGGCUGCCUGGAAAGAGGGAUGAAGAGGGUGAACCUUGCUGGGAAGCCCCCGAAUGUGCUGAUUUACGUGGGCUCCCAGGGGGCCAAGGGGAAAUUCGAGCAGGUGAGAUCAAUCCUUCGGGAGUGCGUCGAUGCAGAGAGCUACACCAUCUACCAGCUGCACCAGGAGCAAGUGCUGAGAGACCCCUGGGUCGACAACUCCCUGCUCCUGGUCAUUGCCACGGAGGAGCCCAUUUCUGAGGGGACCCACGAGCAGUUCAUGAAGUUUUUGUCCAAAGGCGGGAAGAUUCUCGGGAUUUCUUCGUCCUUCACGUUCGGCGGCGUUCGGAUCAAGCGGAAGAACAAGCUGAGGAGGACUGUCCACGAACUGGUGGCGUCCACAAGGGACAGCCCUGAGGUGAAGCUGGAUCUGGUGGUCAGUGGCUGUGUUUUCGAGGAAGGGGGGAAGGAAGAGGCUGGCGAAGUGAAGACGUUGUGUCGAUUAAAUAACGCCGAGAAAGACACGGUUAUUGUUCGCCUGACUCACGGGGACAGCGGAGGAGAAGCCAUCCUUUCCCAGGCCCACUUGGAGCUGGACAGCAAUUCCAUGGAUGUGCAAACCGAGGAGGAUUUUAACCUGCUGAAGAUGAGCAACAGCAAGAGAUACCAAGUCCUCAAGGAGAUCCUGGUGUCGCUUGGCCUGAGCUGUGAAUCAAGGGAACUCCCUGCCUUAACACCUCUUUACCUGCUCUCUCCUGAUGAG